AGAGAGAGAGAGAGGGAGGGAGAGAGAGAGUUUCCUGAUAUGCACGCCGCACGUUGGUGCUAACUUGAUUUCAGUUCAGAUAGAUGCUCAUUCCUUGUUUAUUAUCUCUAUUCUUGUUCCUCUGCUGCCAAUGUUCGCUAACCAUAUUUUACGUGUUUCUUGUGCACAGGAACAAAAGCAAGAUCAUAGAUGCUGGAGCAUUAGAGCUCCUGAUUGAUUUCCUGAAAUCUCAGUCACCAAACCUGAGAGAAUAUGCAACAGCUGCUCUUCUAACCCUCUCAGCCUCCCCCGAUAAGAAGACCAUUGUGAGUGCCUCCGGUGCCAUACCUCUCCUUGUUGAGAUGCUUAGGAAAGGGUGUAGGCAAGCCAAGGUUGAUGCACUUCUAGCUCUCUACAACCUCUCGACUUGCCCGGAAAACUUAACCACUAUACUCUCUUCUCAAGCCAUGGAACCCCUCAUAAACCUUCUUAAAAUCUGCAAAAAGACAUCGAGAACUGCUGAAAAAUGUAGCGCUCUUGUCGAAUCCUUGAUGGGUUUCGAAGAGGGAAGGAGAACAAUAACAGAAUUGGAAGGUGGGGUUCUCACUUUAGUUGAGGUUCUCGAAGAUGGUUCGAUUCAGGCUAGAGAGCAUGCUUUGGGGGCUUUGUUAACAAUGUGUGAGAGUGACAGGUGUAAAUACAGGGAACUGAUUCUAAAAGAAGGGGCAAUUCCUGGGCUUCUCGAGCUCACUGUACAGGGUUCACCCAAGUCACAGGCCAAGGCCCAUAGGCUUCUAAACUUGUUGAGGGAUGCUCCAAGUGAAAGGGUAGAGAGAGAAGGGGCAAAUGAUUUGGAGAACAUAGUCAGCAACAUUGUGUCUCAGAUGGAUAUGGAGGAGAGGUGUGACAAAGCGAGGAAGAUCUUAGCUGAGAUGGUUCAGUUGAGCAUGGAACAGAGUUUGAGGCAUAUGCAACAGAGGGCGUUGGUUUGUACACCGAAGGAGUUGCCUCGAUUCUCUGAAGUUCAUUUGAAAUGAAUAGGUUGCGUUCUAUUUUUCUUCAUUGGUUUCAAUUCUGGGAGACUGAUAAUAUCAUUCGAGAUAAGUACUUGAAAGCUCCAGUUCUUGUGAACCUACCACAGGAUCAGAAAGUUAGAAGAGAACACUCUCAGAGAAAGAGAGUUGCAGUUUCCUCAAGUUAGAGAAUUCCAGUUCGAAGACUUUGGAUAUAGUUUUAUCUUUUCGUCUUCUGGCUCUACCCUGAAACCAUUGGUGAUUUGGUGUAACCUCUUGUCCCUCUUCCUUUGUACUGUUUUCACCUUGUAUGUGUAUGUGUAUUAGUAGUAAAUUCCUUAUUUGCCAGUCCAGGCCAAGUUGGUAUCAGGUGACUGGUUAGGGUUUAGGUGUUUCUUCUUGGUUUAUUUCUUCUUCUUUUGUCACUGUAAUUGUUGUAAGAAAUGUGUUGGUGUAUUCAAUGUCUCACUGAUUCCACCUUGUUGGAUGUAUCACUCAGUAAUCCUGUAAAGAGUGAACAAUUUAAUACAAAAGGCAGAUCAAGAGAGAUCCAGAAUCUUGUGGUUUUCUAUACCUGUAUCAAGCAACCUUCAGUAGAAAACAGGCAUGUUUAUGUGCA